AUGACCAAUUAGCCAAUCCUGUCCGUCAGAUAUUUCAUCACGAUUCCUAGGACCCUCAAUUACAGAUCGUAUAAAUCCACGCACUAAUCAAAUUUUCUAGAACGCAGGCAAAAUCCGAUUUUCUUUGUUUUUGUUGUUCCUUGUCUUUGAGCUAGGGUUUUGGUUUUUUGCUCUAUACAGCGGUCAGGUGCGCGCUUUCCUCUCUAGCGUUUAUGAUCUGCAAUCAGCUUCGAUUCUGAGUUUCUCACAGCCAUGCCUCGUUAUUAUUGUGAUUAUUGCGACACUUAUUUGACUCACGACUCUCCAUCGGUUAGAAAACAACACAAUGCAGGUUACAAACACAAGGCAAAUGUUAGAACGUACUAUCAGCAAUUUGAGGAGCAACAGACCCAGAGCUUAAUUGACCAAAGGAUCAAGGAACAUCUUGGUCAAGCUGCAGCUUUCCAGCAGGUUGGAGCUGCUUUUAAUCAACAUCUAAUGGCUCAGAGGCCCCGACUUCCUGUUCUUCCAACACCUGUUAUGCCUAUUCCAGGGGGUGCACCAUUACCCGUAAAUCAACCAAUGAUCCCAGGGAUGAGGCCCCCUGUUCUGCCAAGACCAGUUCCAGGUGCUCCAGGUUAUGUUCCUGUUCAAGGCAUGCCACCAAUGGUGGGACCACCAGGUGCUCCUUCCUUGUCUGGUCAAGUAAAUGGCCUUCCGCUGCCUCCUACACUGGCUCCACCGUUGACAGUUCCUGGAACUGCAACAACACCUACUUCUUCUAAUGGAGCACCCACCAUGGCUAUGUCUGCACCAUAUCAGACCAAUCCUGCAGUCCCAACAAGUGGAGGGUUUGACAAUUUCAAUGCCAAUGCACGGCCCUCUGAAGCUAAUCAUUAAUCUGUUUAAACUUGCAAGCUUUGCUUCCAUAUUUAAAGUAAGAGCUUAAAUAAGCACAUGUAUGCUAUUGAACAUGAAGCUUUCCAAUGAUUAAGGGUGAUGGUAAUAUUUUUUAGGAGGAUAGCUUGAUAUUAGAUUUGAAGCAUUGAUAAUUUUAUAAAAGACGAAAAGAAGUAGACUCAUUUUGCUUUGA